AUGCAUACUUUUUCAAUAUUUUUAGUUUAUUGUUUUUUCAAACUUGGUUAUUCGAACUUAUUGGAAUUAGUAGUUGCAGAAGGACCGAUCGAAACGAAUUAUUGUAAUGACAGGUAUAUAUUUUUCGGAGUUUGUUUGAAUAUUUAUUGAAUUUAUAGCACACUUCUUGAAGAAGCUGGAUUAGUUCGAGCGACUCUUGGACAAUUUUUAGGAUAUGAUUGUAGUGAAGAAUUUUAUCAUUGUCGGUGAGUAUUAUAUUACAAAUAAAUACAUACAAACAUUAAAAUACACAGAUGGCAAAGUGACGGAUUUCGGACGUAUCGAAAAAAGUGCAAACCCGGAUUAGUUUAUGAUGUACAUGGAACACAGAACUGUAAUUAUGAUUAUAAUGUGAAAAGUUGUGGAAUCAGAUCUGUUUCUGGUGAGUACACGAAAAAACAUCUUGUUAAAUAAUGACUAUAUAGAACACCCGAUUUUUUUGAACCAUCCAGACAUGUUCAUAUUUUUCAAUCAUCAGUUCGCUGUCAUUUUCUGUUUUUUUUUCUCAAAACAUCAAACAAUCAAAUAUUUACCAUCAUAUCUCUUCUUCUUUUUUGACACUAAUCGUUGUCGGUGUGAUGAACUCAAAAACAAACAUUAUAGGACCUGUUCAAUGCAAUGGUACUGAUUUUCAUUGUUCGCUAUCUGAACAAUGUGUACCGAUGUCAUCAAGGUGUGAUGGGCAUUAUGAUUGUGGAAUGGAAGAAGAUGAACAAAAUUGUCGUGAGUUAUAUACAGAUUGAGAAGAUAACACAAAAACAUCGAUUAAAUAUUUAUAGCACUUUGUACUGCUGGAGAAUUUGCUUGUAAAGUAUCAGAACAAUGUAUUUCACUUGAUAGAAGAUGUAACGGAUUAAUUGAAUGUGAUGAUGGAACAGACGAAAGAGAUUGUGAUAUUUGUGGACAUGGAUUAUUUCAUUGUGGAAAAAGUAACGAAUGUGUUUCAAUGGAAGAAAGAUGUGAUGGAAAAAGACAAUGUCCACAUGGCGAAGAUGAAAUGUUAUGCAAAAAAGCUGGAAACGAUAAAAAAUACACGUGUCAAUCUAGAGAUACGGAAAUUCUUAUGAGUCAAGUUUGUGAUGGUGUUGUUCAAUGUCCAGAUGGGUCAGAUGAAGCAUAUUGUGAAAUACCACAAGGACCUUCUUCUGCUAUCACAUUUUCGAAACCAACAUCUGCAGCAGUUCCAUAUCAACCAGUUCCAUCACAAUCUUUAUCGAAAGUUGAAGAAGUUGAACAAGAAGAAGAAGGCGAAGAUUAUGAUUAUGAAGAAAUUAAAAAUGAAAAUGCUCAAUUCCCAAUGUUGAGUUUAGUUAAUCUUCCAACAACCACAAAAGCACCAAUCACUACAACAACAACAAUGAGAACAACUCAAAGGUUUCGAAUUUAUAACUGAAAUUCUAGGAAUGUACAUUUAUUUUCAGAGUAGCCACUCGCAUCACAAAACCAACUUUUAGUAGACCACGUCCACGUGUUAACAAUGUGAUGGAAUCAACAAAAACAACACCAAAACAUAAAAUUGUUCAACCAACAUUUGUAAAAGUUUCAAGCACUCCAAAGGUAAUGAUUUUUGUUCUACAAGAUUUCAGGAAAUAUUUUUUGCAGACCGAAACAUUAGCCCCGCGACAAACACCAAAUAAAUCAAGUGGACAACGAACUCGAGUUAUACCGAAAUCAGCAUCUCCUUCUUCUUUAUCAAUGCCAACAACGAAAUCAUCAGCUGCUGCAUCCGAAAAAGUAUUUUUGAUGCAAGUAACAUCGCCACCAGUUGCCAGACCAUCUCAAGAUAUGUUAAAAGAAAUUACAUCUCAAUUGAAUGGUGGAAUGAGUCCAGAAUUAUUGGCAAAAAUCGAAAGUAUUAUAAAAAGUGAAAUGAAGCCAGCAAGAUUUAGAAGAGGACCAUGA